CCAUCCCCCAUCCCCCAUCCCCAAUCCUCAACCGACAGCUCAAAAUUUCUAUCUUAUCAUUGAUUAAACAUCACACAGCACCAACAAAAAGGGGACUAACCUACCCACAAUGACCGGUAAAUUAAUUUCCCCCUUAAUCAACUCAUCCACAUUGAUCACAGCUAAGUCAUAGUACAUAUACAAGAAUAUCCUCAUUUCCCCUUCACGCGCCCCCAAGGUGCUGAUCCCGCUCCCGAAAAUGCAAAAUUGCGUCGCGGAUGUCCGGUUACUCGAGUUGAACUGUUCGAUGGGAGGAAAGUGUGGUUAUUUACUAAACAUCAGGAUUGUUGCGAGGUGCUUGCUUCGCAGGAUUUUUCUGCUGUGAGUGAGUUUUUUAUGAUUUCCAUAUUUAUAUACAUAUUUAUAUUUAUUAAGUUUGGUGUUGAGUGAUGAGUAUGAAUGGAUGGAUGAAGGGAUGUGAUAGAAGUGUAACAGUGUUAUUAAUAUUUGGAGCAGGAUCGGAGACAAGAUGGAUAUCCUGAGAUUCACGAGGGGGGAAAAGUAGCUGCGUUGGCUUCUGCACCUACUUUUGUGAAUUUAGAUGAUCCGGCGCAUUUUUUGCAACGGUAAGUUACUCUAUCUCUAUGUUAUCUUAUUCUAUUCUAACAUCUAGUUUCACAUAUUAGUAAUCGAGUCCAACCCUUCUUCGAAAAAGAAGCCAUAGAUAAACUUCGUCCUUUUAUCCAAUCCAUCGUCGAUAGAACACUUGAUCAAAUGAUUGCAGAAGGUUGUUCUUCCCCUGUCGAUUUUAUUCAUAAAUUUGCGGCUCCGAUUCCUACAUUGACCGUGUAUCAUUUGUUAGGGAUACCGGAAGAGGAUAUUGGGAAAUUGGCUUGUGAUAGUGAGGUGAGGAAUAGUACGAGUAGGAAUGCGGCUGAAAAUUCGAAUACGUAGGUUUUGUUUUUAUUAUUAGGAGUGUUUAUCGUAUGUGAGACUAAUGUUUUGUGUAGCAAUCUUCAGGGAUAUAUCAAAGAAUUGACAGAGAGGAAGAUGGUUGACCCUGGGGAUGAUCUUAUUAGCGAACUUGUUAAUCAGGUAUACUGUCGCGCUCUUGAACUUCUUUUACCUCAAAAGCUGAUACAACAACCAUUUAGUACAAUCAAGGGAUCGGCAACCUCUCGGAUAUUUCCUCUCUCGCCUAUUUAGUUCUCGUAGCCGGUAAUGCAGCAGUCAUAAAUACUAUUGCGCUUGGCGUCCUUACUCUUCAACAACAUCCCUCUCAACUAUCCGAGCUAAUCGCCAAUCCAGAUCUCGCACCACAGGUAGUCAAUGAAAUUUGUAGGUAUCAUACCGCGAGUGCAUUCAAUUGUAGACGAGUAGCUUUGAAGGAUAUGAAAAUUGGAGGUCAAGUAUGUAAUUCCUCUCGCAGUUAGUCUUGAUAUCCUUUAUUCAGAUGCAAAAUAAGAUAGAGGCUAUUAACCUAACAGCUAAACAGAAGAUUAAGAAAGGCGAAGGUGUGAUAUGCGCAGUUCAAGCAGCGGAUAGGGAUGAAGAUUUCUUCACGGAUCCUGAUCCUGAAACGUUUGAUAUUCAUCGGAAUCAUGAUAUCAAGGAUGUAUUGGGGUUUGGAUGGGGAAUUCAUCGAUGUCAAGCGGAAUGGUUGAGUAAAGCUGAGUUGGAGAUUGUUUUCGGUAAGUUGUGGUAUUUAUUUAUUUCGUGGGGUGGAGGGAGAUGAGGCGAGAUGGAUAGGGUGAAGUAAGAAAGGGUCCUGUCAAUUUAAGAAUAAUGAGGAAAAGAGUUUACUAUAGCUAACCAUAUUAAUGUGUUAGGUACAUUAUAUAAACGUCUACCGAGUCUGAAAAUUGCAGUUCCGCUGGAUGAAUUGAAGUAUACACCGCCGACACAGAAUAUUGGGUUGUUGGGAUUACCGGUGACCUGGUAGAUGAGGAGUGGAAACCAAUGGCGUAGGUAGUUUGCGUAGUUGACGGCAAGGACUGACUCCAGAUUGUUUGCCCGAAAGUCGAUUUUGAUCGAUAGUUGUUGGUUUCAAUGUUUUUCUGUUCUGCUUAUUGGUGCUUGAUUCUGUAAGAGAUGAUUCACUCGAUAACAAUUGGCUUAUAAUGAAGGGAAAGAAGUAAAAUAUGGUAUCAUCUCCUUAUUACCGUGCUUAUUUCGU